AUGCAUGCAUUUCUACCGGUUGCUUGGACCCCAGCCAGCGCAGACGACAGGAGGGGUCUCCUAAAGGGAGGCUCCGAUCGCGAUCGUCGUCUGAAGACUGAGCAGGCAGACGGUGGAGAGGCUUUGGGGGCCCCCCCAGAGGUGGCAGAGGGGGCUGCUGUCUUGGGGGAACCUAGGACCAAGCCGCUUCAUCCUGGACGUACUGAAACCGUUGAUUUGACCGUGAGCUCGGGCAGCUCUGAGUCGGAGGGUUCCUCAGGAAGACGCGCUGCUGCAUCUAGGGCGGGGAUGCCUGCAAAGGGCCCCAGCGUCGCUUCUGAAGAAAGAAGUGAGAGGCGUUGGAAUCCAGCGUUUCCAGGGGCCUCCCUGGCUCCUAGAAAAGCUGUGGGAGGAAACAUGCCGCGUAAAAGGGGCCCUCGGCUCUGUAGGAGAUCCUGCAGCGCAAACUCUUGCGGGAACUCGGAGGAGGAGCUCUCCUCCGCAGACGAUGCAUCAAAGGGCAAGGGUAAGCCCAAAAGCGUGAUCCCUCCUCCAUCUAAGAGAGCACCACUCCGCAUGGGUGGCAGAUGCAGAAGAUCGCCGGAGCAGGACGGUGGUAUGUCUGAAGCGGUGUCGGGAUCUACUGAAAAGGAGGGAAAGGGGGAACGCAGGACAGACGCGCUGGGCCCCCCCUCCUGCGAUCCAGACAAUGUUUCUGUGCUUUCGACAGCCUCUUUAUUAGACAAAGAGGACUCGCCUCCAGCCCGCCAACAAGCGCACGUGCGGGAGUCACAGAGUUCCCUCGAGAGUCGCGAGGGGGUCGCUGCAGCAGGCGGGUUGUUGCCUUCAGCAACGCCGCUGAAAGCUGCAGAGGCUGCUGCUCAUGCUACGGGUGAAGCGACCUCGGGAGGCUUCCCAGAAAGGCCUCUUUUGGAGACGUCUGAUGAGGAAGACGGCUCAGAUUGUGUUGUUGUUGUUGACGACGCGAGCCAGAUCGGGUGCCCCUUGUGGGCCCCUUCGCAGCGAAGCCUUCGGGGGUCGGCACGGAUUUCUGAGACUCCAAGGCGCCGUAAGGCUGACAGAGUUCGGGGCCUCUUGGAGGCCCCUAUGUCGUCUUCUCCAACGUUAAGGAGGCAUAUGGAUCCCUUUUUUGGGAGUGCAGGCAAAAUCGCGCGGGUAGUUCUAAGAGACUUCUGCAACCAUGAGCAUCUGGACUGGAGGCCGUCGCCGUAUGUUAACCUUAUCCUCGGCGGAAACGGCCAGGGGAAGUCUGCCAUUGCAAAGGCUAUUUUUGUGUGCUGUGGAGCAGAGAGAGCUCACACGAGGGAGCGGGGGUGUUCCAGUCUCGAGGGUGGCCUGCAAGGGGGGGGCCCCUCGCAGAGGGGCCCCCAUGCGGGGUCUACAGCGGGCCUUGUCCGUGCCGCGGAAAAGCCUCGUCUCUUUGAAUACAUCAGGGAGUACUGGAGCGAGGCGGGGCCCCCGAAGACGGUGAUUUCCAUCACCUUCUCCAACUUUUCUUCGGCGGAGGCCUCCCUAGGGGGCCCCUAUUCGCCUCCCAAGGAGGGAUCGUCCGCGGGAGCCCCUCCGGGGGGCCCCCCCCCUGGGGUCCAGAGCGUCGUAAAGGAGGAGGGGGAGGGCCUUGUGAGCCGCGUGUCUCGCCUCACGGGGGACGCCUUCCUCCCCGUGGAUAGGGCAUACUGCCACGGCGCAUAUGGCGACUACAUUACGCUAACUCGGGAGAUCACGAAAAAGCGGUGCAGCCGCAAGCAGCUCAAGCAACGCGCGGGGCAGGAGGCGGAGGAAGAGGAAGAGGCCCUGUGGGCGACUGGCAGCAGUACAUGGUACAUUGCAGGGCUGGGAACGGCGCUGAGCAGCAUGCGGGAGGCGGCAGAAAGGCAUCAGAUCGCACUCAAGGAGCUAAAGGCCUUCGAUAAUCGUCUUUCUCCCGCCAGAGCUGCAAAGGCCAAACUCAUGGAGGAGCUCGAACAGUGCAAACAGCUGCGCUGCCUCAAGGAGGAGGUCGUCUUACUGAGGGAGGCCCUUACACAUUUGAGAGCUGCAGAGGCAGCGGGGGCAGCAGAUGCUGUUGCUUCCGAAGUUGCCGAGCUGGAGAGACACCUAGAACUGCACCAAAGCGAGGCUGCCGCAGGGGCUGCAUCAGCCGUUGCAGAAAAGCAGCGGCAGACGGUGGACAGCUGCAAAGUAACUCUACAACAGCGGCAACAGCGGCUGCGAGAGCUGCAGGAGAGGGAGCAGGAGCACAAGCAGCAGCUGAUUGCUGCUUCUAGACAACUGCGGAUUCGAAAAGGGGAAGUCACGAAGCUCAGACAGGAUCUAGAGGCCUCCAAGGAGAUGCACAAGGCUCUCAAAGAAGUUAUCCACAGCAUGCAGGGAACGCUGCAGAAGAGCACCGCUUCGUCAGGUGCUGAGGAGGCAGCUCAGCUAGCAGAGCGAGAGGCGGCUUUGGAUGCGGCAGCAGCAGCUUUUGCUACAGCAGAAGAAGCGCUGCAUCGGCUGCAGCGGGCUUCUGCAGCGGCGCAGCAAGCGGCCAAGAAGGCGCGGGGUGUUUCCACGGAUGCCGAAUUGCGACUUCAAGCAGCACAGCAUCUCGCAAGGCAGACGGCCUUUGAGCAGCAGCAGCAGCAGAAGCUGAUACAGCGGCUGGAGCAGCAGCACACGCAGCGAAGGCAGGAGGCUCUCAGAAACUCCCUGGCGCGUCAACAGCAGCAGCAGCAGGCAGCAGCAGCCGCAGCAGCCGCAGCAGCCGCAGCAGCCGCUGCUGCACGGGAGAAGCACGUCAAGGCGGGACUGCUUCAGCAGGCAGAGCUGCGUCUCGCUCAGCAGCGUCGAAAGGAUGCUGCGCAGAGGGCAUGUCUGUACUUUAAUCCUCGCUGGAAGGGGCCCCCACCGGAUUUAGUUGGCUUGCUGGACUCCGUGGAGGCCCUUCUGUCUCAGCGCCGCUUUUCACAGGCCCCCUUGGGGCCCCUAGGGGAGUUUCUCCACGUUGACGAGGAGGCAUGCAAGGCUGCAGGGGUGCCUCCAGAUGCAGCGCAGGCAGUGUUGGAGGAGCACAUGAGUCAACACUUCGCCACGUGGCUUGUUGGCUCAAUAGAAGAGCAGCGCUUGCUACAGCCGCUUCUACAGAGACACCUUUGGCCUCCUCGCGUGGCUGUUGUGAACUUCAACUGCCCCCCGUACGCUCCACGCCUGACGGACGAGGCACUCGGCCUCCCCAAGGGAGUACUCACGCUUUACAAGGCCCUCAAAAAAAGAGAGACACAGGGGGACAGAGAAGACAGAGGCGAGGCUUUUUUCGAGGCAGCCAUGCCAAGGGCUGGAGUUCAUUUUUUGGUGGACGUUGCUUCUAUUGAGCGCGUGGCGAUUGCUGAGGAUGGACGACACCUUCGAGGGCUCCUCCAAGGGCCCCUGCCUCAAGCAGGGGGCCCCUGGGGGCCCCAGGGGCCCCAGGGGCCCCCGGGUCCUGUAAGGGGCCUUCGCGAGGGUUACGCUUGGCGUGAGGCCCUCCACCUCAAGAGGCAAGGGAGGGGCACAGAGGGGGUUCCCUGUGCGCAUGGGCAUGCCCGUAAGGCUCGAGGCGUUGUCAGAGUCUGCUCAGUCUCUGGCAGCAGCCCUCCUCCUGCAUCUUCGGAGGCGGCAGAAGCUGCGACUGCGCCUGCGCUCGUUCCAAAGUCUCGCACAGCCGCUGAUAAGGACGCGCAGGCUGCACUGGAGGAGGAGCUGUCUCGGGAGUGGGAUUUCGAGGCAUCGGUGUUGCAGAAGAAGAGGGAGGCCGAUGCUGCAGCAAGGAGGCAACUCGAGGAAGCCACGGCUGCUUGCGCGGCUGGAAGAGAGGCGCAAACAGCGGCUGCCGAUGAAUUGAGGGAGCAGCUGAGAGGACUGCGGGAGAAGCUGGAGGCGAAGGAACGUGAGAGUGCUGCCGAGGAGAGACACAAAGUGGCUUUGCAGGAACGGAUCGAGGAUGCGGUUGGGACUGUUGCUCGCGCGCAGGAGGCGGUGGAAAGCCUUCAGAGAGGAUUAAAAGAGAGGCAGCAGCAAGUGGAGGAGGCUGUAGCGGCAGUGGAGAGUGCGGCCUUUCUGCUGAGAAAGGCGGAGGCAGAGGUAGAGAGGCUGAGGGAAGCAGAAACAGCUGCAGCCGCGAUGGCUGCGGCACGAAUCGAGGAGCUCAAGAAGAAGAGAGUCCAUUUAGAAAACCUCCGCGCAGAGGCAGAGGUCAGGCAGGCAGCACAGAAAGCAGCGUUGGCAUCUGCAUAG